CGCUGUCGCCGGAUGCACUUCUGUGCACGCUAAGGGAGGGCUUCACGAGGAGCAAUAUGCAGUUUCCGCCGGACGGCCUGUGCACCAUUACAACGUUCUGCAAUUUCAUCAAAGGUCCCGUGGUCGAGCCGAUCCGAAGCUACAAUGAGGAUUUCGACUAUUUCUUGGAGACAGCGAAGGGACACCAGAAUACAGAGUACGGCAUCGGUAUCGACUACGACUUCUGCCAGAACCACAGCAGCGUCAGCACACUUGUCAACAGCCCUACAACAAAGAUACUUCUCGACGCGUUCUGGAGCAACCAUGUGUACCACUUCGGUCAAGUGCACCAGCUCAUCCGAGACCAAGGACUUCAGCCCGAAGUCACUGGGACAUUGGCAAAAUGCCUUCAGAUGAUCUCAGCUUUGAUGAACGACAAGAAACAGAGCGCGCAUCGACCAAGCUACACCAUACUGCACUUCCCGCUGCUCGAACCGCAGUGGUCGGGAAGAAUCGCACGCCAACUCAGUAUUUACCCUGUUGACAUAUUUGUCGCCGUAGCGCACCACCCGGAACCUGACUACAUGUACACUGACUGCCACAUGGUGCCGCCAACAAUAGCAUCCAGAAAUGUCCUACGACACGUCCCCAAAAACGCUUAUCCUGUGCGUCUCGGCAACACCAUUUGGAGCCUAACGUACGAUUCGGACCACUGGCCACCAAAUAUUACGUUUGCCGUUUCCUUGGGAAUGGCCGGCAGAUGGUACAGGCCGAAAUACCCGGACCACGUCCCGGGCAGAGCAGAUAAUUACGCGUUGGGCUUCCCGUGCGCCACAGAGGAGCACUCGCCACGGGGUCAGAUGGUGAACGUUACGGAGUUGUGCGAGACCAAGGAGAAUAUGACGCAGCUCCGUUACACAUUCGCCGCCGUCAACAUCCAGUUCGAAGAUGCCAAGGGCUACUGCGGCUACGGAGAAUUUCCACGACUGCGCGCGCUCAAGGUUCUGGCGCGCUUUUUCGCCUUCGAGUACACCUCCCCUGAUAAUGCGACAGCUUGCUUCAAGGCUACGUAACACAAUCGCGUGCAUCACAAUCAACAUCGCAAUCAAUGUGUGAAUAAUGUUCGCUGCUAUUUAUAUUCUUGCGUGACAAACUUAUUUGAAAUUGUUAUUGUAUAACAUGCUAUUUGGUUUAUCCUUCAGCCCAGGUGGGCAACUAGAAGUAGGAUGCGAAAAUAAACGAGUGCAAUGAAGGUUCGCUGUACUCUUAGAUCCAUGACGAGUCCCGCUCUUCCUCAUAAAUCGACAAUAAAA